CGGUCGGAAUCGGGCCGAAGUUUUUAUAAAAUUUUCCAGUUUCUCGCUCUCGCCCGAAAAAGUAUCCGAACUUCUGACCCAAAUAGUGCUAGAAUUAGAUGAGGAUCGAGUAUACGCUGGGGUGUUUGUUUUUAGGAAGUAGAAGCCGCUUCGCUUUUCUUGACCCGUUUGUGUAAGGAAGCACCGGACUCCGGCUAAAGUUAAAGCGGCACUACUUGACCCGGCCCUUUUCAGUAGGUCCCACCGCAGCAAUAUUCUGCUUGUAAUGCGUGUCUUGCCUUGAUAGUAUAAAAAGAUGACAGAGGAAGUAAUCAAAACUUGCAAUCUUAUCAAGUAAAAGAAAGAGAGCUUCACUGCCGAGUUCGGAGUAAAAUACAAGGACAUACAUAAUGGCCGGGGGUAAUGGCAACCGAAUGAGGUAUUUGAUCGUCAAGCCAGAAAACGGUGGAAUUGUUGAUCUUUUCCGGUUCUUGGUUUGGAAUAACAGGGUUUGUGCUUCGAAAUUUGUUGAGAGUUCGGAUGAUGAUGUUGAUGACUUGACAAGCUGGCCCAAGGACCACAGGUGGGUUAUAAUCGUAUCCAUCGUAAUGAGGAAGCUGAUAGCUGUUUUUGGCAAACCUAUGGAGUGGGCUGGCUACCUUUUUGAGUUCUUUCUAAAUCUACUCUCUCUCAAUGGCGACAAUCUUUUUGCUUUGAUUUACAACUUCUUCCGCGGAAAAAUGGUGAUGCCUCAAAGAGGUUCCGAUACUUUCAUAAGCGCAAUAGGGCAUUUGGAUGGGCGAAUAGACCUGGACAAGAAUGACUUGUUUAAACAACUAGGCGAUAAACCUGCUUCCGAAGAGAAGAUAGGUAUAAGUAUGCAUCUCGCGAACCGUUCCCUUGUCGACCUCUCUAUGAUGGCCGCUAAGUUGGCCUAUGAAAAUGCUAAUGUUGUUAGAAACGUUGUAAACCAGCACUGGAAGAUGCAUUUCAUUGACUUCUACAACUGUUGGAAUGAAUUUCAGAAGGAGAGAUCAACCCAAGUUUUCAUACUGUGUGACAAGCCAAAAGAUGCAGACUUGAUACUGAUCAGCUUCAGGGGAACAGAACCAUUUGAUGCAGAUGAUUGGAUUACUGAUUUCGACUACUCUUGGUAUGAAUUUCCAAAAUUGGGAAAAGUCCAUAUGGGAUUCUUAGAAGCCUUGGGUUUAGGCAGCAGGGGUAAUACUGCCACCUUCAGUGAACUUCUUCAGAUGAAAAGCACAAAAUCUACUUUCUUCGAUCCAGAGCAAGAGCAGUCUUCUCUCUCUGUAGACCCUCCAAAGCAGCUUGGGCCAGAGAUGACGGAGAUGACUGCAUACUUCGCUGUAAAGAGUAAACUCAGACAACUACUUCGCAAGCACAAGGCUGCAAAAUUUUUGGUCACUGGACAUAGCUUAGGAGGAGCUCUUGCCAUAUUGUUCCCGACAGUACUGGUGCUGCAUGAAGAGGAAGAAAUUAUGCAACGGUUGUUGGGUGUUCACACAUUUGGACAGCCCAGAAUAGGAGAUAGGCAGUUGGGGAUAUUUAUGGAAGCGCAUCUAGAAUAUCCAGAGCCGAAGUACUUUAGAGUAGUUUAUUGCAAUGACCUUGUUCCAAGGUUGCCGUACGACAACAAAACCUGGCUCUAUAAGCAUUUCGGAGUGUGCCUGUACUUCAACAGCUUGUAUGUGGAGCAAAAAGUUAACGAGGAGCCAAACAAAAAUUACUUUGGAUUGAGGUACUUGAUUCCGGCUUACUUGAAUGCUGGUUGGGAGUUAAUUAGAAGUUUCAUCAUGGAUUCAAUGUACGGGCCGGAGUACAGGGAGGGCUGGUUGUCAAUACUAUUAAGGGUAGUUGGAUUGAUUCUGCCGGGUAUAUCUGCGCACAGCCCCACAAAUUAUGUAAAUUCUAUAAGGCUUGGGAAGAUGAAGGUCACUGAGAUGUCUCCCUUAUAAGCAGCAGCUAGAGCUGCUCCUGCAAUACUGCUCGGUUUGAUUCCUGCAACUUAUGACUUUGCAAUAUCUCUGGAGCUUUUGCUCAAGAGAAAAAUAAAAUGAUCUGGUCUUUUGUGAGUUGUUUUUCUAUCAGUGUGUAUCUUGUUAAUUGAAUUAGGUUUACUGCUUUGGUGUUAUGUGUAAUAACUGUGUUUGGUUCGACAAUUUAUAUUCUGAGCUUUGGAAGUGAA